CGCGAGGGCGGGGCCUAAAGCUGCGAGGGCGGCGGUAGCGGCGGCGGCCACGACCCAGACAUCUAGGACUGUUGUUGUUCUCUCGAGGUGGGACCGCCUCAGUCCGUUCGCCCAGAGAGACCAGGAGCUCGUCUAGUGGGAAGUAGGCGGCCGCGUCCCUCCUCUCUCCUGUUUCCUCAAAGCUGCGGCAGGACCUGGCACAAAAGUCCUGCGGUUGGUCUCCGAUGCCUUUCAGUGAGGAGGGGGCGUCGAGAUCCCGGUGAGCGCACGUCAAGCUCCUCCAGCUCUGUGUCUUGGCUGGAUCCCCAGUCACGCACCCCAGACUGGCUGCCAUGACUGAAAACGCAGAGGGGGACCUGAACUCCAACCUGCUCCACGCCCCCUAUCACACUGGGGACCCUCAGCUAGACACAGCCAUCGGGCAGUGGCUCCGUUGGGAUAAGAAUCCAAAAACAAAAGAGCAGAUUGAAAAUCUGUUAAGGAAUGGGAUGAACAAGGAGCUGCGAGAUAGGCUUUGUUGCCGAAUGACUUUUGGAACUGCAGGACUUCGUUCUGCUAUGGGGGCAGGAUUUUGCUAUAUUAAUGAUCUUACAGUAAUACAAUCAACACAGGGGAUGUACAAAUACCUUGAGAGAUGUUUCUCAGACUUCAAGCAAAGAGGCUUUGUAGUUGGGUAUGACACCCGGGGUCAAGUAACUAGCAGCUGCAGCAGCCAGAGGCUUGCCAAGCUCACUGCUGCAGUCUUACUGGCCAAAGAUGUUCCUGUGUAUCUUUUUUCAAGAUACGUUCCUACACCGUUCGUACCAUAUGCAGUCCAGGAACUCAAAGCAGUUGCAGGUGUGAUGAUUACGGCGUCUCACAACCGCAAAGAAGACAAUGGAUACAAGGUUUAUUGGGAAAAUGGUGCUCAGAUCACAUCUCCUCAUGAUAAAGAAAUUCUGAAAUGUAUAGAAGAAUGUGUGGAACCCUGGAAUGGUUCUUGGAAUGAUAAUUUAGUGGAUACCAGCCCACUAAAGAGAGAUCCUUUGCAGGACAUUUGUAGGAGAUACAUGGAUGAUCUGAAAAAGAUCUGUUUUUACAGGGAAUUAAACUCAAAGACAACCUUGAAAUUUGUACAUACAUCUUUUCAUGGAGUCGGACAUGACUAUGUACAAUUGGCUUUCCAAGUAUUUGGUUUUAAGCCUCCAAUUCCAGUACCAGAACAAAAAGAUCCUGAUCCAGACUUUUCUACUGUUAAAUGCCCAAAUCCUGAAGAAGGAGAAUCUGUGCUGGAACUUUCUUUGAGACUGGCAGAGAAAGAAAAUGCCCGGAUAGUGCUGGCUACAGAUCCUGAUGCAGACCGACUGGCAGUGGCAGAACUUCAGGAGAAUGGUGUUUGGAAAGUUUUCACAGGGAAUGAGUUGGCAGCCUUGUUUGGGUGGUGGAUGUUUGAUUGCUGGAAGAAAAGUAAAUCAAGAAAUGCUGAUGUGAAGAACAUUUAUAUGUUAGCCACCACAGUCUCUUCCAAAAUUUUGAAGGCAAUUGCACUAAAAGAAGGAUUUCACUUUGAGGAAACAUUACCAGGUUUUAAAUGGAUUGGAAGUAGGAUAAAAGACCUCCUGGAAAAUGGGAAAGAAGUCCUUUUUUCAUUUGAAGAGUCUAUAGGUUUUCUGUGUGGAACUUCAGUUUUGGAUAAAGAUGGUGUGAGUGCAGCCGUUGUUGUUGCUGAGAUGGCAUCGUACCUGGAAACCAUGAACAUAACAUUGAAACAGCAACUCAUUAACGUUUAUGAAAAAUAUGGUUAUCAUAUUUCAAAAACUUCAUAUUUCUUAUGUUAUGAUCCAACUACCAUCAAAAGUAUAUUUGAAAGGCUUCGCAAUUUUGAUUCUCCAAAAGAAUACCCAAAGUUUUGUGGGACAUUUGCUAUAUUGCACGUACGAGAUAUUACCACUGGAUAUGACAGCAGCCAGCCUAAUAAGAAAUCAGUGCUGCCUGUAAGUAAAAGCAGCCAAAUGAUUACAUUUACUUUUCAAAAUGGCUGUGUCGCUACUCUUCGGACUAGUGGAACAGAACCAAAGAUAAAGUAUUAUGCAGAGAUGUGCGCAUCACCUGACCAGAGUGACACUGCCUUACUAGAAGAGGAAUUGAAGAAACUGAUUGAUGCUUUGAUUGAGAAUUUUCUUGAGCCCAGUAAAAAUGGACUGACCUGGCGUUCUGUUUAGCAUUCACCAGAACAUCGUUGCUUUGCCCCGGUCCAUGGAGCAGAGCAACCAAGAACUCCACGCAUUGUACUUGUGUUAGCAUUCUCUCUGUGUGUCAUCUGGCCAAGUAUCUUUUUCCUUUAUUUUCUUUCUUUUUGGUUGGCUAGCUAAACAAACUGUAUAAAUAUGAAAUGAAAUGGCUGGAAAGAACUCAUUCAGAUUUUUUCAUAAUCCUGAACAAAAGUCAUUACAUUAAAAGUAUUAUGGUAACACGUCAUUCUUCCUUCAACAGAAACGAAAUACAAAUGUGCGUUUUCUUAUUAAAGUGUGAUUAAGCUUAGUUAUACAUUCUUGUGAUUGUGUAUAGCACAGUUUUUCUUAAAGGAAGAUAAAUGUUGUAUAAUUGUAGAGUUAGUUAAGGAGAUGAAUCCAUAAGAUUGGCAAGAAAGUGACACUGCUCCCAGAAUACUGUGGAAAAGUGCCAUUGUUACAUCGCAGGUAUUAACUUACAAAUGAGAGUAUCUGAAAUAGGAUAUUUAGCAUUUCUAGGUUAGAACAGGUGUUACAAUUUGUGGUUUCAGCACCUCUGUUUCAGAUGCUCUUGGUGCAGUGUAAAUUUAUUGUAUUUAUUUAAAAUUCUAACAUUUAUCGAACAUAAAACAAUAGUGGCAACAUUCCUAGUGGCUUGGUUCUUUCUCAGUGCCUGUUCAAGGCAUGGUUUGAAUUGAAAUAGUGUUCUUCCACUGAGUAUAAUUUAACCAGUUAAUUUGCAGACAGUUAAAGAAAGUCUUCCGAACUAUAUAGUUAUUUCUCCUCUAAAAAUAGAUUGUUGAUUUAAAAAUCUUAUGAAUGUAAGUAAAAAUCUUAAUAAAAACAGGCUCAAUAUAACUAGCUAAGGAUCUUCAUGUUAGAAUUGUGUUGGUUAUCACAGCCUCUAAGUAAAGAAAACUACUGGAACUAAGAAAGGAGCUGUGAAUUUUUAAUUUAAAAGUCUGACAUUGAAGUUACAUUUUUACAAGAAUAUUUGUUUAUCACAUGAAGUAGUGCUCAUUUUACUAAGAAAUAAAACAUCAAGAUUUUAGAUCUUACAAAACAAGCUACAUGUUUUAAAACUAAAGUCCAGUUUAUCCUAACAUCUUGCUGACUUCUGUAGAGUUUUUUAUCAUGAGUACUAUUUAUCUCUUUUAGUGGGGGAAAAUUUUUUGGGAGGGGAAUGUCACUUUUGGUUGAUUCUGCAUCUCUAAAAAAGAGUUAAUAGAGAAGUGUUGUUUAAUCUUCUUAAAGUGUAUUCUGUCCUGUAUUGCUCACAGAGUACUUAGCACACGUGAUAUAGUUGAGUUAACAAUCAUGGGGCCUUGGAUGUACAUAAUUAUACUAAACAAAUUGCCUGUGGGAGAUAACUGGUAUGAGAGAAUUUAUUUCCUAGAAAAAUAAUAAUAUAAAAUUAGGCUAGAAUAUUUAUUGAAUCAAGAUUUGAUUUAUUGCAGUUAUCAGCUAAUAUUUGGCUGACUCCAGAUAAUCCAAAUGUGAUUUUCAAAUUACUGUAUUGCCACUAUUGUUCAUUUGUUCCUUCCUUACUUUCUUAUAGCUGAAUCUUGUGUGACUGUAGAUAAUAGAGCUAAAUGUAGAGUACUAUUCCUGAAUGAGUCUGUUUCCAAAGGCUUUGCACUAAAGAAGAAAUGUGUAGAAUGUUUUGCUUUAUUUGCUUUUAGGAAUGUAGAUUGUCAUUUAGGAAAUGGCCUAUAUUCUACAAAGUGGUAUGAACAAUGCUAUAUAUAUAUAUAUAUAUAUGAAAAAUGAUGUAUAUUCUGUUUUAGUAUCUGUGUUUCAGUGACUGAAGAACAAAGUGGAGCUAAAAUGAUACAAUAGCUCAUUCAUAAUCACUAAAGCCAUGCUUGUCAUUCUAUUAUAAAGAGAACAGUUUUGAAUGCAACAAUAUAAUGCAACAGGAGUCAUCUUAAUCAAGGUGAAAAGUCAUUAAGGCUUGGAUUCUUAUGUCAAAAAUUUAAAUAUCGAAAGUUAAAAUUAAAAUUUUACAAAUGUUCUCAAAGAGUAUAGAUUGAAGGAAUUAUUUGAUUCUAGCCAAGCUCCUGAGCAUGAUAUUUAACAAGAGCUUGACAUGGUAGGUGUAUACGUGUCUAACAAAAUAAAUUCAGUGGCCCAAGACAACCAAGAAAAAUAGAAGUACUGGCCAGUAGGGCUGAGCCUUAGGAUCUACAUUAUCUUUUUCUUUAUGAACAGUAUCAUGGGAAUGAAUGCCUUCUCAUUAAGUGUGUAGAUCAAAACUGAUAUUUUCUAGAGCUUUGGGGAAAAGAAGAGAAUUAAUCAGGCAAGAUUAAAGCACUGGAAAUAAACAGUAGAAAUAAACAAUAGAAAAGUCAGUAAAGUGGCAGAGAAAAUGCUUCAUGUGAAGAGCAAAUUUACCACCUGAAAGGUGGGAAAUGAACUGGCUGUGGGCAAGUUGUUUACUUGUUAUGAUGAGCAGAUAGUGAUGCUUUUGUCUCCUUUUAUUAGUGACUGCUAAGAAGCAGCCAAGGAGGCCUUUGAGGAGUUAAGAAAAAGUACCCUUCAUAGGAUUCAGUUCCUGUUAGGAUGUUGUGUUUUCGGAUCACAUGGAAACUGGAGAGGGGAGAAUAUAACAGAAAUAAAAAGGAAUGAAAUAUAGAUUGAUAAAUAAGACCUAUAAGAAAAAGCACAAAAGAUUAAGAUCAUUUAACUCUGGAGGGGAGGAUAGUUUAGUAACUCUUGAGUUAUUAUUUAAAUCUUUUAUUGAAGAACUCAAGAAGUAAUAUGAAAGACUGCUCUCCAUCUCCAGCAGGGACAGUAUAAGAGGGAAUAAGGAUUUUUUUUAAUACAAUUAAACAUUUUAGUAUUAUGGCAUAUGCUAAAAAGCUGUUUAGCAAUUUUUUAAAGUUCCUUCAUUGAAAUCUCAGGUUGGAACAAAGAUGAUACUAUAAAGAGCAUUGAAAGUAACAUUUGAGUUUCACUUCACAUCUGGAAGAAUUUAGCUCACAGGAUAGUUUUUGUAUAUGUUGAGUAGUAGAUGCAUGAGUUCAGUCUUUAUUCACUGUAUAAAGACCUGCUUAAUUAAACCUGUAAAUUAAGUGCAACUUGAACACAAUUCCGUUCAUCUUGAAGAAUGUAUAGGAUAUUUGAGGAGUUUGUGUUAAAUAUAAAUUAUUAUUACUUGGAUGUUGUAACUUCAGCAGACAGAAAGGUUCUAAGAGAGUGGAUGCUUUGGAAUAUCUAUAUAGGGAAUAGACUUCCUAUUUCUCAAGCAAGUUGCUUCUGGAAUUGAUGCAACAAAGAUACUAGCUGAAGUUUAAUGGAGAAAUUGUUCUACAAACUGCUGCUGUUGGUGUUUCUCUCAGAUGUUUUCCAUUGAUGUUUGUGAUGCUUGAAAAAUCCAAAUUCAGCUUGGAUAAAUGUGUUUUAUGCCUUUUUCUCUCUACCUCCCUCUUUCCCUAGGUGCCCUUCCACAUUCUGUUACUGUGAAAAACUGUUGCCCUGUUACCUCACUUAUAAGAAAUCUUAACUGUAUUCAUUCAGAAUGCUUUAAACUUAUUCCUAAGCUGUUUUUGUUUAUGGACUUUUGGUUAUUUUGUUAUUACUGUGAGAAUAUUUAAGACAUUGUAAGAAGUAAUUUUAAAUCUAUUGCAUAAUCUUUUUUGGUCUGCUUGGAUACUACUGUAUUUUAAUUUAUUACGGCCUUUUACAAUUCACUUGUUUUCUGAGAUUGUUCUAGAAACGGAUGAAGAAAGACUCAUACUAACCAAAAUCAAUGGUCAAUUGAUCUGGCAUUUUAUUUCAGGUUUCCUUGUACUUUGGGCAUCGAAAGCACAAGAUCUGAGGAAAUAAUUUUUUUUUUUACAUUUGUCCCUCAAACCAUCUUACCAUAAACCAUAAGGAGUCUAAGUGGAAAGGAAGGAAUAUCUCAUUGUUGGACUCUACACAGCCUAAAUUUACUCCUAGUUGGAAACAAAGUUAGUGUUUUCUGUUGGUUACUUUAAAAUAUUCACCAUACUAUUGAAUUCAUUAAGACAUAUCUUCUCUUUGUUAAUUCAAGACUGUGUACUUAAAAAAGAGAGCAUAGAAGAAUGACUGAAGUGACCAAGAUAAGGGCAAAGUGGCAUAUCUUUAAAGUUUGCUUCUCGAAUUUUUCCACCAGCAUAAUCCUAAAGCAGAGGAGCAUGAAUGUUUUGGGGGAAGGGACCUGAGAGCAAAAUCAGAAGCAGCCUGCACUCAGAAUUUCGUGUUUGGAUUGAAAAUGUGAUUUUUGCAUUCUCCGUAAUAAAACUGUUUUAGUGAAAAAUGAUACCUUCAGUCUUUGUGGAAAUUGAUGCCACCAGAAAGAGGCACCGUGCUUAUCGUAUGGGCUCUCAGUUUUGUCCCCCAUCCCCUGCCUCAAUUGCUAUAUACCCCUGAGGGGACACACACUGACUCUAGUGUGACAAAUAUACAUAGGACGUACAUAAAAUAUUCCCUUUAGAAGGUGACCUUUGAAGGUGUUAAUGCCAAAUUGAAGUGACCUGAAACAGUUUUAGUAGCACCGAACCUUAUAAUAUAAUCCAAGGCGUUUACCAGUUUGUUCUCCUUAAUUAUUAGCAUCCCUUGACUAUGAAGGAGCACCUGACUCUCAGCUCCCUGAGAGCAGGGAUCCUGGUUUAUUAUUUUUCAUAUCCACACCACCCACCACCUGUUAUAGAGUACUUAGUUGGUGAAAAUAGGAAUUAUGGAAUUUUAUUCUAAAGAAACAAAUGGUUUAGGCAAUCAAAAACAUUACUUUUCUGAUUCAGCUUUUAAAACAGUUCUCAAUACUGAUAUGUACACUAAGUAAUGUUUAUUAAGCAUGCACACUCUUAAAUACUGUUUCUUUGGAGAGAGCAGAGCAUAUUCCUAUUUUGGAAUUGUAUGUAAUGCCUACUCUUUUACACUCAAAGCAAGAUGUCGGCCAAGAAGGUUAAGAAAGUGUCUGUGUUAGUGCUGUUAUAAGCCUACUAAUGCUGCCUUCCAAGUGAGUCACAACGAAUUGGAUACUGUUUGAUAAAUUUUUGUCCAGUGUAUGAUUCAUCAUAUAUCUGAAGAGAGCCACCCAAACAAGAUUUGCACCUGUAUGUGAUGAGGGCUUGUGUUAUAGGCUGAAACAAACUCUCUGUAUAUGUCAUUGAAUAUGCCAGAUAAAAUAUAUGCAGUUAAGAGUUAAUUAUUUUUCUGUAUACCAGUAGUUCAAAAUUGUACCCUUGUUUUAAUAGUUUCUGUCAACAUCUUCUCAUUUUUCCUUACAGACUACCAGGGUGUAUCGUAAAUACUGCCUAUGAGAAUUUGCACUUUAAGUAUUUGUGUGCGUGGCUUUAGCCAAAUGAAGUGUUAUCAGUAAUAAACAGGUCUCUUCAUA